CUGACGAGCCCGUUCUCGCCCCUGGCAGGACAAUCAGGAGGAAAUCAAGCAGCAUGAAACGCCUCUCUCCCGCCCCCAGCACCCAAACCUCCUACUACAGUGAGUCCAUGAUGAGCGAGUCAUACCUGGGGGGCAGCCGGGGCCUCGCCGCCCUGGGCAGCUCCGUGCUGGACGAUGCCCUGGACAGCAGCACGUACUGGGGUGGGGAGCUCUCCACCAGGAGGAGGAGAGGCACAGGGGACACCGAGUCCAGUAAGAUCAACGGGCUGCUGGAGAGUAAGACGUAUGACACCUAUGCCUCUUCGUCUGGGUAUUCCUCGGAAGAUGACUACACUGGUCGCUUAUACUCAGGCCAGAGUAGCUCCGGGUCAGGGCUCAGGACCGCAGCCUCCCGGGUGGGCUCCUUCCUCUGGCAGGUGCUCACCUCCCCGGUUUGGUUCGUGCGAUGGCUGUUCUCAGGGCUGGCAGCUGCCUGGCACCGCCUCACCGGCACGGCUCCCCAUCUGGGCAGCGUCCCCUUCUCCAGGCGCUACCCACGGCUGAAGAGGUCCCUGCUCCUGCUGCUGCUCCUCCUGCUCCUCGCUGCUGCUGCCUACGGAGCUUGGUACUUCUACCCUUAUGGGCUGUCGACGCUCAGCCUCCCCGCAUUCCCGUGGUGGGGAGCUGGAAAGCAUUCCUCCUCUGACGUGCCUGAGGCAGGGGACCUGACUGCUCUGGACCAGGGGCUGCGGGGAGAGCACCGGCUCCUGGCUCGCUUCCAGGCCCUGGAGAAGCGCUUCGAGGCACUGGAGGCCGAGAUGUCACGGUGGGCGGCAGCAGUGGUAGCAGGGGGAGAGACACCCCCGGGGGACGUUCUGGCACUGCUGGAGGGGCUGGUGAGCCGCCGGGACGCAGGGCUGAAGGAGCACCUCCGCACCGACAUGACCAGCCACCUCCAGAGUGAGCUGGAUGCCUUCCGAGCUCAGGUGCAGAAGGAUUUAGACGGGCACCUAGGGAAGAUGGCACAAGCCUCUCAGGAUAUGGAGACACGCUUGCUGGAGCUGAACACGGAGUGGCAGAGCUCGGCGCAGGAGGGCCUGCGAGGGAGCUUCCAGCAGGAGGUGGGCAAGCUGGAGCAGGAGGUGGCAGCGCUGAGGAGGGAGCUGGCUGGCCUCAAGUCAGACCAGGAGGCGAUGGGGAAGCAUGUGGAGGGAAUGCUGGAGCAGCUGAAGGCGGUGCGGGCUGACGUGGAAGCGCAGUUCCCAGCAUGGAUCAGUCAGUUCCUGUCGCAGUCCCGGCGGGAUGGCGCCGCUGGCCUUGUCCUCCAGCGGGAAGACUUGCAAGCGGAGCUCCAGGCCCUGGAGCGUAAGAUCCUGGCCAAAGUCUUGGAGGACCGGAGGCUGUCGGCAAGGGAUGCUCUAGGCAGUAUCGGAGUGGCCCUGCAGCAAGGGGGAAGUGCGGGGGUGACAGAGGAGCAAGUGCAUCUCAUCGUGGGCCAGGCCCUGAAGCGCUACAGCGAGGACCGCGUGGGGAUGGUCGACUACGCCCUGGAGUCGGCGGGGGCCAGCGUCAUCAACACCCGCUGCUCGGAGACCUAUGAGACACGGACGGCGCUGCUGAGCUUGUUCGGCAUCCCCCUGUGGUACCACUCGCAGUCCCCCCGUGUCAUCCUGCAGCCAGAUGUCAACCCUGGGAACUGCUGGGCGUUUCGUGGGUCCCAGGGCUUUGCCGUCAUCCGCCUCUCCGGCAUCAUCCACCCCACGGCCGUGACUCUGGAGCACAUCCCGAAAGCCCUCUCACCCCAGGGGACCAUCCCCAGCGCCCCCAAGGACUUUGCUGUCUACGGCUUGAAGGAGGAGGGAGAGGAGGAGGGCCUUCUCCUGGGGCAGUUCACCUACAACCAUGACGGUGACCCCAUCCAAACAUUUUACUUGGAGGGUGAUGGCAGGAGCAGGUCCCAGCUGGUAGAGCUGCGGGUGCUGAGCAAUUGGGGCCACCCUGAAUACACCUGCAUCUACCGCUUCCGCGUGCACGGGGAGCUGGCGCACUGA